GCUUUUGUCGCCGAGGGUUGGAGAGCCGAGGGGCGCAAGAUGUGGGUGUCCUCGGUCGUGGAGGCCUGCGUUGAAGAAUGGGCCGAGGGCCCUGGGUGGGAAUGGAUGGCCCGGAAGGGCAGAGAGUACUAUGAAGCCGGCGAGUUCUUCACCCAGGCCCUCAUCUACCGGAGGAUGGCCCGGCAUUUGGGCAUCGAGCAAAAGGACUUCUCCCCCUCGGCGUAUGGUCUUCCCCCCUUGCAGCCUGAUGUUCGUGAGCCGCUCCCGGAAGGUGUUCAGAGGCCCGACCUUGAGGACACGGUGUUGAAGAACGAGGCCGAGGACGACGCUGUCG